GUCCUUGAUCACAUCAGCGACGAGCUGCUGUACAUCUUCCCACUUGCUGAUAUUGCAUUUGUAGGCUUUGGCUUUGAUGCCGUGUUUCUCAGCUAGUUCUUUGGCACGGAUUAUUAAAUGCGAUUCAAGGAAUUGUUAAGGAGGAAGGAUGUACACUGAAGCUUUUACCAAAGAAAGUGUUAUUUUAUGCUAAAGCUCUCUAAUGGCGUUGGGGAUGUGUACCUGCUAUAUAUACACCGGUCACUCGGAGUCCUCUGCGUCAUAACCCCUCCACCGAACAGCCAGCCCAGUCCACAUCAAGCCAACAACAGGCGAACUCCACAUCUCCCAAGUUCCGCAACUGUGAUUUAUCGCACGGCGGCGAUUUUUCCGAAUAGCCAUGCCAGCCAAGGGACGCAUUGGGCAAAGCUAAGCAUUGAUUACCUCCAUGAUGUAAGCCCUGCACAAUCACAACGACACCACUUAGUCAGCGGUGCCCCGAGUUAUCCGGGAGCGCGCCCGUAUAUAUCAGGCCACAUCGCGCCGUGUCUGCCAGGCUGAUUGGUGCAUGUGGAUUUACGGCGCAAAAUAGUAUCACGAG